UGUAGCUAGUGUGGGAGCCUGGAAAGACUGGGAGCAAAGUCUCUCAAACGGAGCAAAAGAAGGAGCUUCAGGCACUGUACUACCUGCUAGCUUUCCCCAGAGGAGCCUCGGCUGCCACCUGCCGGUCACUUGGGCUCUGGCCAUGUGGCUGCCUCUGCUGCUGGGACUCUUGCUCUGGGCAGCGCUGUGGUCACUCAGGGACCGGCAGAGCCUGCCCGCCAGCGAUGCUUUCGUCUUCAUCACCGGCUGUGACUCAGGCUUCGGGCAGCUUCUGGCCCUGAGACUGGACCAGAGAGGCUUCCGAGUCCUGGCCAGCUGCCUGACCCCCUCAGGGGCAGAGGACCUACAGCGGGUGGCCUCCUCCCGCCUCCACACCACCCUGCUGGAUGUCACGGAUCCCCAGAGUGUCCAGCGGGCAGCCAAGUGGGUGGAAGCACAUGUUGGGGAAGCAGGGCUUUUUGGUCUGGUGAAUAAUGCUGGUGUGGCCGGGAUCAUUGGGCCCACACCGUGGCUCACACAGAAUGAUUUCCAUCGGGUGCUGAAUGUGAAUACACUCGGUCCCAUCGGCAUCACCCUUGCCCUGCUGCCCCUGCUGCAGCAGGCCCGGGGCCGGGUGGUCAACAUCACCAGUGUCCUGGGUCGCCUGGCAGCCAAUGGUGGGGGCUACUGUGUCUCCAAGUUUGGCCUGGAGGCCUUCUCUGACAGCCUGAGGCGGGAUGUGGCUCAUUUUGGGGUCCGAGUCUCCAUCGUGGAGCCUGGCUUCUUCCGAACCCCUGUGACAAAUCUCAAGUGUCUGGAGGAGACACUGCAGGAGUGCUGGGCACGGCUACCUCCCGCCACACAGGCCGCCUAUGGGGAGGCCUUCCUCACCAAAUACUUGGAAGUGCAGCAGCGCAUCAUGAACCUGAUCUGUGACGCAGACCUGACCAAGGUGAGCAGGUGCCUGGAGCAUGCCCUGACUGCUCGUUACCCCAGAACCCGUUACAGCCCAGGCUGGGAUGCCAAGCUGCUCUGGCUGCCAGCCUCCUACCUGCCAGCCAGCCUGGUGGAUGCUGUGCUCACCUGGGUCCUUCCCAAGCCCGCCCAGGCAGUCUGCUGAAUCCAGCCUUCCCACAGCACAUUGUUUCUGCUCCCACCCUGGUACUGCCUGAUGCCUGGCACAAAAUAAGCACUCAAUAAAUAUGUCUUGUUAAACAAACAAAACACUGUAGGUGGGCAGAAAUGAAGUUGUCCAGUGGGAGACUGACCCCAUUUAAGUGCUACCCCUUAGGCUGACUUAAUGCCCAGGGUCCCCAGCCUGUUUAGUACCUGCAAAACCACUAGCAACCACUGGGCACGUGGGUGCUCUUUGAAGCUGCACCUGGAAUGGCCACCAGAAGGCACCGUUGGACAUUUCCUUUAUUUUCUACAAAGAGUAAAG